CCAUGAGAUGUUUUGAGAAUUUUUAUACAAUUAUUUAUUUAAAUAAAAAUGGCCGCCGUAGAGAGCGGAGACGAGAGACUCAGUGAGGAGAAGAGUGAAGAUGCCAACCAGAAUCAGAGCUCCAACGACAAGGACCCUAAGACACACAGCAAGCCAAAGAAGGUGAGGCGGGAGCGGAGGGAUAUGGAGAAGGACAGGCUGGAGUCUUCAUCCACCACCACUAUGUCCUCCCCUCCUCAUCCUCCAGUCCAGCAGCCCAGUGCGCUGCUUGCUGAGGCGGGGCCCUCGGUGCCCAUGGUUACUGCAGCUGGCGAGGCCUCCCCUGCUUCGCCCAAACAGAGGAGGUCCAUCAUCAGGGACCGAGGUCCGCUCUACGACGACCCCUCUCUGCCCCAGGGCUGGACACGUAAACUCAAACAACGCAAGUCUGGGCGGUCUGCCGGGAAGUUUGACGUCUACUUGAUGAACCCAGAGGGGAAAGCCUUCCGUUCCAAGGUGGAGCUGAUUGCCUUCUUCCAGAAGGUAGGAGACACCGCCACCGACCCCAACGACUUUGACUUCACCGUGACAGGGCGUGGCAGUCCCUCCCGCCGCGAGAAGAGACCCCCAAAGAAACCCAAGGUGAUGAAACCGUCAGGGAGGGGCCGGGGUCGGCCGAAGGGGAGUGGGAAGUUACGCCCGGCCAUGGAGGGCGUGACAAUGAAGCGUGUGGUGGAGAAGAGUCCUGGGAGGCUCUUGGUCAAAAUGCCUUUCAGCGCAUCCAAGGCAUCUGAAGUGGCGGGGCAGCAGUCAUCGCAGGUCGUAGUCGCCAAGAUGCGCCCGGCGCGGAAAAGGAAGGCGGACACACAACCGCAGACUGCUCCGAAAAAGCGGGGGUGUAAGCCAGGGUUGGGGGUGACUGGGUCGACGCUGUCAGCAGCUUCUGGUGCGGUGGGUUCCAGUACUUCCUCAUACGCAGCGGCUGCUAUCCUCGCCGCAGAAGCCAAAAGGAAAGCUCAGAAGGAGUCUUCCACUAAGCCGGUGCAGCAGACCGCUCUACCCAUCAAGAAGCGCAAGACCAGAGAAACUGUUGAGGAGUCGAGAGACAUUCCAGCUAUAGCCGGGGCAGGGAUAGGGACAGGGAGUGCUGUGGUGGUGGCAGCAGCAGAGAGGACAGACCAGGGACAGAAGGAUCAGGGACAGAAGGAUCAGGGACAGAAGGAUCAGGGACAGAAGCUACCAAAGAGUCCAGGGAGGAAGCACAAGGACAGUCCCGUGACUGCCGGGCUGACCGCAGAGGACAGUGCUGGGGCCAGCGUUUGGUCCAGUAGUGAGGCCAGUGGAGGCGGCAGCAGCAGUAGCGUCACUACCCCAAAGAGUCACAGCCACAAGAGAAAAGAGCGUACGCCGCACAAACACCUUCAUCACCACCACCACCACCACCGUCGCCACAGUCACUCCUCUGUAAUGGAGGAUCCUCCUCCUCAACCCUCCCAGCGGCCCCCUCACCAUCACUUCCCCGGCUUGACUAUGAGCCUGGUCUCCCAUACAGCCAGGGCCUCGGUGGGGCCAGGGGCCCUCCUGCAGAAUGAGCCCCAGGACCUGAGCACCUCCAGGGGCCCCUGCCGGGCCAGCACCACCACGGCCAGAGGCAAGAGAGAGGAGGUCAGGGAUGUCAGACAGGACCGGUGUCCAAAGCCUCCGGCAGCUGCAGUGGUGGGAAUAGGUGACACCAGGGCCAACAAGCAUCAAGUGGACGUGGCAGCAGGGACGGUGGAAGGGAGGGAUUUGAGAGACAUUGUAUCCUGCUUAGUCGUCCCCAGACCUUGCAGGGAGGAGACGGUCUCGGUCGUACCCAGACCUAGCAGGGAGGAGACGGUCUCGGUCGUACCCAGACCUAGCAGGGAGGAGACGGUCUCGGUCGUACCCAGACCUAGCAGGGAGGAGACGGUCUCAGUCGUACCCAGACCUAGCAGGGAGGAGACGGUCUCAGUCGUACCCAGACCUAGCAGGGAGGAGACGGUCUCAGUCGUACCCAGACCUAGCAGGGAGGAGACGGUCUCAGUCGUACCCAGACCUAGCAGGGAGGAGACGGUCUCAGUCGUACCCAGACCUAGCCGGGAGGAAACGGUCGAGUCUCGGACGCCGAUCACUGAAAGGGUUAGUUGACUGCAUUGCAGGACCCAUGUCUGUAAGGAGAGAGGAGACGUUUAGUGCUGCAGUGGAUUUUAUAAGAAAACAGCAAACAGAAGAUGUGUACAUAACAACAAAAGGCAGCUGUUGUUUGAUGUUCUUUCUGUGGGAGGGGCGGCAGGGUAGCCUAGUGGUUAGAGCGUUGGACUAGUAACCGGAAGGUUGCGAGUUCAAACCCCCGAGCUGACAAGGUACAAAUCUGUCAUUCUGCCCCUGAACAGGCAGUUAACCCACUGUUCCCAGGCCAUCAUUGAAAAUAAGAAUUUGUUCUUAACUGACUUGCCUGGUCAAAUAAAUAUUGACAAACAAAUAACGCAGCUUAAUGAACAACCCACAACAGAUUGCUUCCUGAUAAAUUAUUACUCUUUUCUUUUUUUUUUGUCAUUGUUUUGUUCUUUGUUUCUGCUUUAAACCUGUUAGUCAUCCACUGCGACCCAUGAUCCUUUGCUCAAAGCUUACAGGACGUGGAGGACCUACACUUCCUGUAUACAUCAUCAGACGGAAACUAUGGAAUCCAUGGUUUAAGAUAUCAUUGUGAAAAUUGGACUAAAACAGGGUUGGAUUUGCCUAAAGCCAAGGCACCUGUCCUGUCUGGCCCUUUAUAAGUGACUUGUCCAUGUUGUUGUUCUGUGCUCUGUGGAUAGAGGCCUAUACAUACGCCAUGCACUCUUCCACUGCUUAUGUUGUAGCAUCCUCUUACUACCGCAGUACGCUCAGGAUGAGUCCAAAAUGGCACCCGAUUCCACAUUUUAAUGCACAACUUAUCGGGUCCUGGUCAAACAGAGUGCACUGUGAUGAGUCCAAAAUGGCACACUUAUCGGGUCCUGGUCAAACAGAGUGCACUGUGUAGGGAAUCGGGUGCCAUUUUGGAUGAAGCCUCGGUUUUCAGUCCACUCUCUACAGUCCAGGCCUAUUCAUUUAGGUGACAUAUGUUUUCCUCAACCUAUAUUAAGUCUAUGCGUCCCAAUUGGUACCUAUUCCCUAUGUAGUGCACUACUUUAGACCAGGACCCCUAAAAGUAGUGCACUACUUUAGACCAGGACCACUAAAAGUAGUGCACUACUUUAGUCCAGGACCACUAAAAGUAGUGCAUUACUUUAGUCCAGGACCACUAAAAGUAGGGCACUACUUUAGACCAGGCCCACUAAAAGUAGUGCACUAAUUUAGACCAGCACCCCUAAAAGUAGUGCACUACAUAGAGAAGAGGGUAUCAUUUGGGACUCACCCUGAAGCUUUGAAACUAAAACACUGUUGAUGCUGACAGAUAACUUGCUAUCUGACGGUUGAGGUGAUGUAACCACAGGGUUUUAGAGGCCUAGAUACACCAAUGACGUGUGGUUUGGUGAACGUUUGGCUGCUGAAAACAGGUUUCAUUUGAUUUCAACGUGUUACAAUUACAAUCCUACUGAUGCCUUUUCUCGUUGUUUACUGAUGUAACGGAGGCUGACUGUAGUCCCACAGAUAAACAGAAGCAAAUUAUAGCAAAUAAUCAUUAAAACUGUAUUUUUUUUUAUUAUUAUUUUUUACUAGUAAUGCAAAUUAGAUAGUACAUGAACAUUUGACCCAGAUUCUCCUAAGUUGAAGUGUUUCCCAACAGUCAGACAGGAAGCUAAAAGCACAACCCAGGCCUUAUUAUAGCCAAUAUGCUCCAUGGAUUCGUCACAUUUUUUGCUGUUGUCAAUACCUAAAGUAUCAAAACUUUUCUAAUACUCAAAUUACAUCCCAAAGACAUUAUCAAUAACCAAGCCCACUGGAGGA